AUGGCCGACAACGAGGUGAGCGCGCACAUCGAGCAGCGAAUUGUCAUGAAGAUUCUCGUGAAUGAAUGCAUAAAGUCAUCCAAAAUUCACAGAAGACUUCAGGCCCAGUAUUGCCACGAUACACUUAGCCGCAGCAAAUCGUUUGAGUGGUGCAAACCGUUCCGAGACGGCCGCACAUCACUCAAGGACGAUCCCGGCCGGAGCGGCUCAGAGCCCAGUGUGAGACUUCCUGAGAACAUCCAACUUGUGGAGCGCCUGAUCCUCAAAGACCGACGGAUAACAUGUCUCGAACUGGCUCGAAAGACGGACCUUUCUGUGGGAAUGUUGAACGCUAUCAUUCAUGAACACCUCCAGUUUCGGAAAGUUAGUGCCUGUUGGGUCCCAAGGCAGCUCUCCGCGUUUGACUGGCAGAGAAGACUGGAAAUCCCCCAGAGCUAA